AUGAGCAGUCAUAAAUUACGGAAGUCUUAUGUAAUUGGUGUUGGAAUUACGAAAUUUACAAAGCCGAGGGGUCAAGUUGACUAUCCAGACAUAGUACGUGAAGCUGCUGUAAAAGCUCUUUUGGAUGCAAAUAUUACUUAUGAUUCAAUUCAACAAGUAUUUGUUGGUUAUUGUUUCGGUGAAAGCACUUGUGGUCAACGUGCUGUUUAUCAACUUGGAAUGACACAAAUUCCGAUAAUUAAUGUAAAUAAUAAUUGUUCUACUGGAUCCACUGCCUUGUAUUUAGCGCGCCAAACUGUUGAAUCUGGAACUGCGGAAUGCGUCCUUGCAUUGGGAUUUGAACAAAUGUAUUUUGGUCCUCUUAAAUCCGUAUGGGAUGAUCGUACCAACCCAAUUGAUCUUACCAUUAAUUCAAUGUCAGAAACACGUGGAAUUACCUCUUCACCCAUUACAGCACAAAUUUUUGGUAAUGCUGGAUUGGAAUAUUGCGAAAAAUAUGGUGCUACGGCUGAACAUAUGGCAAAGAUUAGUGAAAAAAAUCACCGUCAUAGUGCAAAAUAUCCAUAUUCUCAAUUCCGUGACAUCUAUACCCUUGAACAAAUUAAAUCGUCUCCGACAAUUUUUGGUCCAUUAACAAAGCUUCAGUGUUGUCCUACUUCAGAUGGAUCAGGAGCUGUUAUUAUAGCUUCAGAAAAUUUUGUUAUUGAAAAUAAUCUUGAAUCUCAAGCAAUUGAAAUAGUUGCACAAUCAAUGGCAACGGAUUCUCCAUUAUUAUACGAUACUAAAAAUUCAAUUGAAUUAGCUGGAGCAGAUAUGACUCGCCGUGCUGCUAAAGAUGUUUUUGAGAAAGCUGGAAUUACUGCAGAUGAUGUUCAAGUCAUAGAGCUUCAUGAUUGUUUUAGUGCCAAUGAGCUUAUAACUUACGAUGCACUUGGUCUUUGUAAACCGGGAGAAGCUCAUAAAUUAAUCGAUGCGGGUGAUGUUACGUAUGGCGGAAAGUAUGUUGUUAAUCCUUCAGGUGGUUUGAUAUCUAAGGGGCAUCCACUUGGUGCCACUGGAUUAGCUCAAUGUACUGAAUUGGUUUGGCAACUGAGAGGGUGGUGUGCAAAUCGACAAGUUCCGAAUUUACGUUAUGCGCUUCAACACAAUAUUGGACUUGGAGGGGCAGCUGUUGUUACGCUUUAUAAACGUCCUAAUUUUUUAAGAUUUGGAAAAUCUGUCCAAGAUGCAAGAGAGAGAUUAGGAUAUAAUCCUGCUGUUGAAGCAAGAGGCAUCAAUGAGCAAGAUUUUAAGAAAGUAAUUAGUAAGAAAAUGAGUAGUGAAUAUGUUAACGCUAGAUUGUAA